AUGCCGCCUCUUAUUCUUUUGGCGUCCUCGUCGGAGAGGGGAACGAAGCAGGCGCCGCUUCGACACGUUGGGACCCGAAGGGAACCUUGUUCCGCUUACAGCCAGAGGCGCACUUCUUCUGGGGAGAAAGUCGCCUUUCAAGGGGCGAGUCCGGUUGACAAAUCCCAAAUACUGCAUCAUCAAGAAGUAUUGUUCCUGCCUCCGAAGUGUGUGAGAAGCAAGCCUUACGAAAAGUUAUUGGCAGAACUUCACAGUGCCGUCAUCUAUUCGAUCAACAGUCGUGAAAGUGAGCUCAUGGAUUCGCUGACGAACUCUUUCCUGGCUGGGAUGAAUCUACGAAAUCAGAUAUUCUCGUUGGCGUUCAAUUCGCUGAAAGCUGCGGCGGAGACGAUAGGGCUGAACCAUCAGCCUAACAACAACAACGUUGUUGGAAACACGAACAACACAGAUUCCUUUUGCCCCGUGAUUUCCAGCGCCCAAGUACCUCGUCCCACGGAUUGCACACCCAUCGAAGACCUGCCCGUAAUCUCGAUGGACACUGUGGCCGAACACUAUCAUGAUGACGAUUGUUGGGUCAUCCUCUACGACCUCAUUUAUGAUAUCACGGAUUUCAUCAGAGAACACCCCGGAGGCGCUGAAGUUUUGCUGGAGCACGCGGGCUGCGACGCGACGAUGGCGUUCCGUGGAGUUGGCCACUCCAAGCAAGCACUCCUCUCCAUGGACAAGAUGGUGGUUGGAGUAUUACCCGAGGAAGAGCGGCUCUACUUGAAAAGUCGCAAAGAGCCCGCGACGAUCCCCGCGAGCAUCUGGUCUGAACUUGGGCUCAUUGAACUGCAAUCGGCUCUUUGACUAUAAAUCGAGUUAUCAUUGUAAUUAUCUUGUCAUUUGAUCUUUUUUUUAUCAUUUUAGCUUACCUGUAAGCGCGGUCAUUUUUAUUCUCGAAAGUAUUGGAAGUGGUCCGGCUUGUUGACAAAAAUUUUUGCGUAUCUCCUGAAUUUAUUUUUCGCGGUGUGGUUGGUAAUGAGAGUGAUUUGAAUCCCUCCGUGGUUUUAAGAAAAUGUGCUCGUGGCGGAAAACAAUAAAUGAAAUUCGUAGAUACCAUGCAAUUA